UACUCAUAUACUUGUGUGAUUCACUUAUCACUUUUUCAACCAUAACAUAUCCUCCCUAUAAAAACAAUUCCAAAUCAACAAUAUCUCCUUAAAAUCUCAAACAACCCCACAAUUCCUUCUCCCACUCAAAUUCAAAUCCCCCCCACCCCCCAAAAACAAUCUCAAACAAAAAAAAAAUCCGAAUUCAAUUUAGUUCAGUUCAACCCAACUCGAAUUUAUAAAAUUCCGAGCCAUCAGACUGGAAUCCCCACCUCAAAAAUCCCAACCUCUCCUAUAUCUCUGGAAACCAUGCCAGAGAUCUAUGAUACCCUCUCCUCCACAGCCGCCACCGCCCCCGAACAAAAACCAAUCUUAUUAGACAAAUACGAGCUAGGAAAACUCCUCGGCCGCGGUGGUUUUGCAAAAGUCUACCACGGCCGAGACCUCAACAACGGCAAAUCUGUCGCUGUUAAAUCCGUCAGCAAACAAAAGAUUCUCAAUGGCAAUCUAACAACCAACAUCAAACGUGAAGUUUCAAUCAUGCGACGUUUACGCCACCCUCAUAUAAUCCGACUGAACGAAGUUCUAGCCACCAAGUCAAAAAUCUACUUCGUCAUGGAGUUCGCCAAGGGCGGCGAGCUCUUCGCUAAGGUGUCGAAAGGCCGGUUUAGCGAAGAUCUCAGCCGCAAAUAUUUUCAACAGCUAAUUUCUGCCGUGGGAUACUGCCACAGUCGUGGCGUAUACCACCGUGAUUUAAAACCAGAAAAUAUGUUAUUAGACGAUAAUUGGAAUCUAAAGAUAUCCGAUUUCGGACUAAGUGCGGUUAAAGAUCAGACCAGAUCAGACGGAUUGUUACACACAAUGUGUGGAACACCAGCAUAUGUUGCCCCGGAAAUAUUAGCUAAAAAGGGGUAUGAUGGUGCGAAAGUUGAUAUUUGGUCAUGUGGGAUUAUAUUAUUUGUACUCACAGCUGGUUUUUUACCCUUUAAUGAUACAAAUUUAAUGAAUUUGUAUAGAAAGAUUUAUAGGGGAGAUUUUAGGUGUCCGAAAUUUAUGUCACUUGAACUUAAAAAGUUGUUGUCACGUCUACUUGAUACAAACCCGGAAUCACGAAUUUCUAUACAAGAAAUAAUUGAUGAUCCUUGGUUUAAUAAAGGUGAUGAGAAAGUGGAGUUAGGUUCUUUUUAUCUUGAUGAAGAGGCUAAAGAGGAGUUUAAAUUAAAAGGGAAGGAUUCGAGUUCGGGUUCGAGUUCAAGUGAAAGGUACUUAAAUGCGUUUGAUUUGAUAUCAUUUUCGCCCGGAUUUAAUCUAUCCGGGUUGUUUAUGAAGGGAGGAAAAGAAAAUUGUUGGGAGUCGUUUUUGUCGAAAGUGGCGGCGGAGACGGUGGUGGAGACGGUUGAGGAGGCGGCGCGUGGGAUAGAAAAGGUGGAGGUGGAGAGGUUGAGGUGUGGAAUGGGAGUUAAAGUAGAGGGGCAAAAUGGGGAAUUGGGUGUUGUUGUGGAAGUGAAUAGAUUAACAGAAGAAUUAGUUGUGGUGCAAAUUAGAAAGAGGGAAAAAGAUGUGGGCCCAAGUCAUGAAUUUUGGAAGGAGAAAUUACGGCCCAAGAUAUUAAAUUUAAUUUAUAAGCCCGGUCGAAUUGGACCGGCCGGUUCACUUCCUGGACCGUCUUGUGUAUUAUAGGCUAUAGAUGUUUUAGUUAAUAGUAGUAGUUAUGGUAUUAGUUGGAACAUCAAAAAAAGGUUAAGCAACAAUGGUCAUGUUUGGAAAUAAAGGAAAAGGAAAAGUUUAUUAAUUUGGUACUAAACUAAUGAGGUCUUAAUUACCUAUUUACUAUUAAGACUGAAGUUGUAAAGUACUAUUAGUAUAAGUAUUAUUGUUGGUUUUAUUAUGCUUUAUAUAUUCAUUCAUAUAUGUACUUAUUAAUUUUAAUAGUUAUGAAGAGAGAAGAUGAAAUCGAAAUCGAAAUCGAAAUUUGAGAA